GAUCAAUACUUUAUUGCCUGCUUUUUCACGAUGAAGGCCAUGGAGGAUCAAGUAGUCCAAGAAGAACCAGGAUACCAGGAUGAUGAGGAAUCCUUUUUUCAGGAUAUUGACCUGCUACAGAAGCAUGGAAUUAACGUAGCAGAUAUUAAAAAACUGAAGUCAGUUGGAAUCUGCACGAUCAAAGGAAUCCAGAUGACCACAAGACGGGCACUGUGCAACGUGAAAGGCCUUUCAGAGGCCAAAGUGGACAAGAUUAAAGAAGCUGCAAACAAGCUUAUUGAACCAGGCUUCCUGACCGCCUUCGAGUACAGUGAAAAACGGAAGAUGGUAUUUCAUAUUACUACUGGCAGCCAGGAAUUUGAUAAACUUCUGGGUGGCGGGAUUGAAAGCAUGGCAAUCACUGAGGCCUUUGGAGAGUUCCGGACAGGCAAAACGCAGAUAUCUCACACCCUUUGUGUGACAGCUCAGCUUCCAGGACCAAAUGGCUACACAGGUGGAAAGAUUAUCUUCAUUGAUACUGAAAACACUUUCCGACCAGACCGUCUCCGUGACAUUGCUGAUCGCUUCAGUGUUGACCACGAUGCAGUACUUGACAACGUGCUGUACGCACGUGCAUACACUAGUGAACAUCAGAUGGAAUUGCUUGACUAUGUAGCAGCCAAGUUCCAUGAGGAAGCUGGUAUCUUCAAACUAUUGAUCAUUGACUCCAUAAUGGCACUUUUCCGUGUGGAUUUCAGUGGUCGUGGAGAGUUGGCUGAACGACAACAGAAACUCGCUCAGAUGCUGUCAAGGCUCCAAAAAAUAUCAGAAGAAUAUAAUGUGGCUGUGUUUGUGACAAACCAGAUGACUGCUGAUCCAGGAGCAACUAUGACCUUUCAGGCUGACCCAAAAAAGCCGAUUGGGGGUCACAUCCUUGCUCAUGCUUCGACUACCAGGAUUAGUUUGAGGAAAGGCAGAGGGGAGCUGCGGAUCGCAAAGAUAUACGACAGCCCUGAGAUGCCUGAAAACGAAGCCACCUUUGCAAUAACUGCUGGAGGGAUUGGGGAUGCCAAAGAAUAGGCAGAAAACUGAUGUAAUUGUACAGCUGAAAACCACCUGGGCAGUUGG